AUGGAUGAUCUUCAGUCGUUGGAGUUAUUCUCGCUUGUGUCGCGAGUGACAUCCGAACUCCAGAACCAUCUUGGUAUCAACGACAAGACAUUGGCAGAGUUUGUGAUUGACCAGCACACGCAAAGUGAUUCCUUCGCGACCUUUAAAAAUGUUCUCGAGGAAAUGGGUGCGGACUUUCCGCCCAGUUUAAUCGAAAGUAUCGAUCGCCUUGUUUUAACGAUGCACCCGAAAUAUAAAGCCAAGAAGGAGGCCGAUCAUGCAGAUACCCAAGAAGAUGAUGAUAUGGAUGCGCUAGGCGCAAUCGAAAGGAAAGCUCGCAUAUUCAAAGGACUUGCUGUUCCGGAUAAAGAGCAGACAUGGGAAGACGAUAGACCGCUGAGUCCGAACAAAGUCGACGAGCAUGAUGCGCCUGCCAGUGCGAUGGACGAUACUUUUGCGAUGCUAGAAGGCCUUGCAGGCAAGGCACGGGAAGACGGCAAUGAAAGGAGUAGUCGAAAACGCAGCCGGAGUCCAGAUUAUGGAGAAUACGAAGCAGGUUCCAACAGACGACGCAAAGACAAAUACCGGUCGCGCUCUCGAUCGCACGGCCGUGAACAUCAUGGGCGACACAAAACCCGUGGAGAUGAUGGCGAGCGGUACAAUAAACAUUCCGAUAGAAACGGUAGCCAUCGCAAUGGCUACGACCGCCGUUCCAGACGCGAUGAUGACGACGACCAUUUUCGGCGGCCACCAACUCCCGAGCUUGAUGACCAGCCUGUUCUCUAUAAAACAUACGAUGGUCGAGUUACAGGUGUCAAGGAUUUUGGCGCAUUUGUCAACCUACAAGGUGUGCGGGGAAAGGUGGAUGGGCUUGUACAUGUGUCGGCUAUGCAAGAAGGAGCGCGAGUCAAUCAUCCUUCAGACCUUGUUUCACGAGGGCAACCCGUGAAAGUCAAGGUCAUCAGCAUACAAGGUUCUCGGAUUGGGUUGUCCAUGAAAGAAGUCGACCAAGUUACCGGUCGUGACCUGAUACCGCAGAAACGACUUGCUUCAGGCGCCAACAUGGAAAUUUUAUCCGGGUCUACCUCAGAAGAUCGCUAUGGUAACCUGAGUUCGGAUGUACCCGUUAUUGAAGGAGAUUUGGAUGGUAAGCAGAGGAGAAAUAGGAAGCGUUUGACUUCACCAGAAAGAUGGGAGAUUAAGCAGCUUAUUGCUUCUGGGGCUGUUUCGGCCGCUGACUAUCCAGACAUCGACGAGGAGUAUCAUGCUACUUUGGCCGGCGAUGGCGAGUUUGAAGAAGAAGUUGAUAUAGAUAUUGAAGUCCGCGACGAAGAACCGCCAUUCCUUGCUGGUCAAACUAAGCAAUCCUUGGAGCUUUCCCCUAUUAGGGUUGUCAAGGCGCCUGAUGGAUCUCUCAAUCGUGCAGCCAUGGCUGGUACGAACCUGGCCAAAGAAAGGCGAGAAUUACGGCAACAGGAAGCACAGGAUCGUGCGGCCGAACAGGCAGCUGACGUUGAUUUAAAUGCACAGUGGCAGGAUCCUAUGGCUAACCCUGAGCAAAGAAAAUUUGCCUCGGAUUUGCGGAGUGCACCAGCUCCUAAGGCUGAUGAUGCGGUGCCUGAAUGGAAGCGAGCUACUCAGAGCAAGGAUGUUUCUUACGGUAAACGUACGAAUAUGACUAUCAAACAGCAAAGAGAGAGCUUGCCAGUCUACAAAUUCCGAAAACAAUUGCUCGACGCUGUGCGAGACAAUCAGCUUAUGAUUGUUGUAGGCGACACUGGUUCUGGAAAAACAACACAAGUAACACAGUUUUUGGCCGAGGCUGGAUAUGCAAAUAAUGGCAUGAUUGGCUGCACUCAACCACGUCGUGUGGCUGCCAUGUCAGUUGCAAAACGUGUGGCAGAAGAAGUUGGUUGUCGGCUUGGUGCUGAAGUUGGCUAUACAAUUCGCUUCGAGGACUGCACUAGCCCAGAGACGAAAAUAAAGUACAUGACAGACGGAAUGUUGCAAAGAGAGAUUCUGCUCGAUCCAAAUCUCAAGAGAUACUCUGUCAUUAUGUUAGACGAGGCCCAUGAGCGUACUAUCGCGACUGAUGUCUUGUUCGGCUUAUUGAAGAAAACGCUCAAGCGACGCCCAGAUUUGAAGCUGAUCGUCACGUCAGCGACUCUGGAUGCCGAAAAAUUCUCAGAAUAUUUCAAUGGCUGCCCAAUUUUCUCAAUUCCUGGUCGAACUUACCCAGUAGAAAUCAUGUACUCCAAAGAGCCGGAAUCUGAUUAUCUCGAUGCUGCAUUGGUAACUGUCAUGCAAAUCCAUCUGACUGAACCGAAUGGCGACAUCCUCCUCUUUUUAACGGGCCAGGAAGAGAUCGAUACAAGCUGUGAAAUUAUUUAUGAACGGAUGAAGGCUCUAGGCCCCAGUGUUCCUGAGCUUGUUAUUCUUCCCGUGUAUUCUGCGUUGCCAAGUGAAAUGCAGAGUAAAAUCUUCGAGCCAGCGCCACCUGGUGGACGGAAGGUUGUUAUUGCAACGAAUAUUGCAGAAACCUCUAUUACAAUCGACAAUAUCUAUUACGUUAUCGAUCCCGGCUUUGUGAAGCAGAAUGCAUAUGAUCCGAAGCUUGGUAUGGACUCGCUCGUCGUUACGCCAAUCUCACAAGCACAAGCCAAACAACGAGCCGGCCGUGCAGGCCGCACUGGUCCUGGCAAAUGCUUCCGUCUAUACACAGAAGCAGCUUAUCAAUCCGAAAUGCUCCCAACAUCUAUUCCUGAUAUUCAGCGCCAGAAUCUGUCUCACACUAUCCUGAUGCUCAAGGCCAUGGGAAUCAACGAUCUUUUGCACUUCGAUUUCAUGGACCCACCGCCUACCAAUACUAUGCUUACUGCCCUGGAAGAGCUGUACGCGUUGUCUGCCCUAGAUGAUGAAGGUUUGUUGACUCGCUUGGGUCGUAAAAUGGCCGACUUUCCUAUGGAACCUGCUCUGGCUAAAGUUCUUAUCGCGUCGGUUGACAUGGGAUGUUCCGACGAAGUGCUUACUAUUGUCGCUAUGCUAUCUGUCUCCGCCCAGUCUAUCUUCUACCGCCCCAAAGAAAAGCAGCAGGUGGCAGACCAAAAGAAAGCAAAAUUUCAUGAUCCUCACGGUGACCAUCUCACAUUCUUAAAUGUCUACAACUCCUGGAAGCAUUCCAAUUUCAACAAUGCCUGGUGUUUUGAGAACUUUAUCCAAGCUCGACAGAUGCGUCGCGCUCAAGAUGUCCGAAAACAGCUUGUAAACAUUAUGGAUCGAUAUCACCACCAAGUAAUCUCCUGUGGACGAAACACGACUAAAGUUCGGCAGGCAUUGUGUACUGGCUUCUUCCGCAAUGCUGCCCGCAAGGAUCCUCAAGAAGGUUAUAAAACCCUCAUUGAAGGCACCCCGGUAUACCUGCAUCCAAACUCCGCCUUAUUCGGCAAGCCUGCCGAGCAUGUAAUCUUCCACACACUGGUUCUGACAACGAAGGAAUACAUGCAUUGUACAACGGCAAUUGAACCGAAGUGGCUUGUUGAAGCAGCUCCAACCUUUUUCAAGGUCGCCCCGACUGAUCGACUUUCCAAGAGAAAGAAAGCCGAACGCAUCCAGCCCCUGCACAACCGCUUUGCAGGUGAAGAUGAUUGGCGUCUCUCUGCGCAGAGACGGCAAGGCCGUGGUGGAGGUGGAGGCACAUGGGGAUAG